GCACGCGUUUUCUGGAGAGAACGUGACAAAGGUGUGACAUCGUUCCUUGUUUCCGUACCUCCAUGCUCUCUUCAUUCAAGGCCUCACUAUAAACCCAGCCUCCAACAAAGAUAGUAGGAUAGUAGGCGCAUCUCUGUUUUGCAACUCGAUAUACAGCGUACCAUAAAAUGCCGGUGGCCGAGAAUCCAAACCUUGUUCCACCUUUGUUCGAACAUGGAAAGGUGGAUGACUUUCAAUCUUCUGGUCGCACUCUGGCGACAACGUUUUCCCCUCGCGAUGGUUCCGUCGCGAUAUUUCCGACAAACAAUGUAGAUCCUCAAACGUUGAAAGGAGCAUACCCAGAAGAGCAACCAAUAUAUUUCGCAACAGAGCAGAGGGUACCACUAGCUGAACGCAGGACAUUUAUUGUCGAUACGUUUGUCAUCUUUUAUGCUAUUCAAAAGAUAGGCGUCGUUGAGUUCGAGGAACAGAAUGCCAAUGUGUUUAAGGAAGACGAGCGACCGGAUAGAAUUAGGAAGCUUUGCUAUGACUAUAUCAACUUCGCAAGGGAAACCUGGGUUUAUGUGACUAGCGAAGCGGUCAAGAAAGGAGAACCAACACAGUUCCCUGCCGAUCACUACCGUAUUCUUAAUUCUUGCUUGAGUCUAUUUACACUCCUGUACGCACCCGGUGCCGGUGCAGAACAUUUUCCAGUUGGAGAAGAUCUCAUGGAAUGGCUGAAUACUCACUAUGUCGAGCCUUCGAGCGAGGAAGGCAUGCAGCUGAGCACGCAGGACAAACCAUGGCAAGAUGACACAUUCUGGCCUUAUUUGACAAGAGCGACGUUGCGGGGGCUUUCGAAAGCCCCAGCCUUCUUUUUGGAGAAAUUACCCUCAAAUCACCCAUCGCCGCACCUUCAACGUCUUUCAAAACACCUUACUCCGUUAUUGACCGAACAUCCCCGUCUGCAACAAUUCACCGCGGAACGUGACUUCGCUAUUGCUUCUCGACGAUGGAAAGACAAGGUCAAAACACUACGGGUUGAACUAGAUCGAGUGCCCGAGGAUGCCCGUGAUGAUGGAUUCGAGAAUUGGUGGGAUCGCCUUAGUGACAUCGUUGGUAUACUCGAGGGGCGAGCGGAGGUAAUUAAACGCGUAUGUGAAGAAUUGGGCGCAGACUGGAAAGAAGUCACCGCAGUAUGGGGUGUUUUCGUGGACGGCCGUUUGCGAAGAAGUGACCUCCCUGAUGUAGUGACCGACAUCCUCGAUGAAAUGCCCUCAGACCCCACAGACCUUGAAGAUGCCAUUCAGUCUUCUUUGCUUCUAGGCAAACCUAUUCAGGCGCUUUCAUAUGCUGCUCAGUUUGAUAUCUGGCUUGCAGCGCACUUAGCCGAUCUCAUGAACAAUUUGGGACUCCUUGAAAAUGAGACCGUUGACUCAGAUAUGUCACUGCGAGACUACUACGUCGUUGGCUACGCCGAAUACAUGCGACUGGACCCAUCACUAUGGCGUCUAAUUGUAGCCUACCUGUGUACAUGUGGACCUGUAGGGCAUGAAAUGGCGGACCAAGUGCUCAUGCGUGUACCGCUCAAACUACAAGCCCCGAAAGACUCUGACGCCGCCAAUGAGGAGUCUGCUAGGAUACGUGCUGGCAUCCUUGAUGGUGUGCUGAAAGAUGUCAAUACGGCGUGCUUCGAACAUCAGCGGGAGGCAGUCAGACGAAUGGUUUGCAGGAUUGCUUCCCAAACGUUCUUGAGGGAGAAGAAUUACGGGCUUGCUAUCUCCUAUUGUGCUUCAGCCGAGGACUGGCCUGGUCUUGGACGUGUAGUGGAUUGUGUUUUGGAUGAGUACAUUACUCAAGGACCGACCAUAUUUGCUCGCAUGGUACAGAGUAUCGCACCUUCACUCCAGGCUCUAAAAUCUCAAUCUGGCAGCAAUAUCAGUGGCGUUUUCAUCUACAGACUGAUGUUUGCAGUACACUUCGCCGAGUUUCACCAACGACGGAUGAACGGAGAGCUUGAGGAUGCAGCUUCUGAUAUUAUCGAGAUGUUUCAGAAAGAAAUCGUUCCCACCUCGUGGUGGGCUGUGGUGCUUUGCGACGCUCUCGAACUCCUACAACAUAAUGAAGCCAUGCUCUUCACGUCAGAAGAUACAUGCCUUCUAAUGCACCAAGUGGAAGAGAUCGCCACGAGGACCGCUCAAGGAUCAGGUCAAGAUUAUCUAGCAGUGCUUGCUCGAACGAUCAAGAAUGGGGAUGAAAAGCAAGCAAUGCAACGAAUCCAAAUUGUUCGUCUGGCCUUGACUAGGUACUAUGCUCGAUGUGGGGUGAUAGGCGUUGGCGGCAAGCUAGCCAUUAGCACAAAGUGAAGCUCCUGUUAUGACGUGAUUAUACUUGCUCGCUAUGUGUUGCUUUACUUUCUGUACGUUAGCUCUCUGGUUAUCUUCUGAGUCCUAGUUGAUUCGGCCUAUGUCUCAUUAACUUCCAACUCGAGUCCCAUUGGUACGCGAGGGAACCUUGACCUGGAGUUGACGUCAUACUUACACUAACGGCGCUUCAGAGUGUAUUUUCUUGACUUAGAUUCAGAACUCACCGCCGCAGACCAGUGCUACCUUCUAUUCAUACGCAUCAUAGUAAGGUGACAUGCUGUCGUAAUGUUGACUUAACUUUGACUUGAUCAAUAUAUUACAGUGCCCCCACCGAAACGAGCUUAACCUCACUAAUUCACUUAAUCUUGCAGAUCUACUUGAACAUUUCCAAGAGCAACAAAGGAAUAUGGAUCAUACGAACAACAACAGGCAGGGCAUCAUAUUAUCCGGGGACUUCAAUGGUAAUUCGCCCAUCUCCACGUUACCAGACGAACUACUAGCAGAGAUAUUUCUGCAAUACAUGCGAGUAUCACAGUCAGGGGCUAUGGAAUAUACAGUCCCCGUGCGA